AUGUCCUCUACAGUCGAGAGCGAAGCUGAUAUAGCGCGAAUAAGAAUUGAAGACGUCAAAUAUAAAGAAGUCCUAGAGCUGAUGGAUGACUUGAAGAAGAGCAAAAUCCACGAUGAGGAUGCCAUUCGAUGCCAUUAUUUACCUUCCGAGCUUAACCCAAGAUUCUGGGGUCGUGAAUUAGCUUUACAGGCCAUUGAGGCCGCCUUGAAUCCUGAUAAUGGAACGAAAUCCCUCCAGUCAUUCGCUCUCUAUGGAAUGGGUGGUGUUGGCAAAACUCAAAUUGCACUACAGUACGCAAAUAGAAAUCGUGAACGGUUCAACGUGAUCUUGUGGGUUGCUGCAGAUAGCACUAUUAGUAUUGGGCAGAGUUUCCUUGAUAUUGCAAGGCACUUAGGACUCGUUACUACUGAUGAAGAUAUACCAGAUUCUGUCACUGCGAUCCUAAAGGUUAAAAGCUGGCUGGCCAAAUCUCGUAAGUCGGAUGUUCUAUAUAUUAGUCUUGCAUUUCAGUAUCUAUUUCCUCCAUAG